UUCUGUCUCUGCUGCUCUCUGUAUAUCUGACUUUGCAAUAAAAAUAAUUUUUUUAAAUAAGUUGUGCAUAAUUGAGGGCUGGUAGUUAAGCAAUAAGACAAGGAAAGACCUGUGGACCAUGACCAGGGACAGGGCCACUCAGAGACCUCAGCACACAGGGACAGUGCCCAGCGGCCAAGGCCUCUGCCUCCUGGACAGCACUUGGUGCUGGGGGAGAGCUGUUCCUCCCCUUUGGCAAAGCCCCAUGAGCUGCAGUGUUCACAAGCAGCUUGAUUUUCUCAAAACUGAGCAGUUCUGGAAAAAUUGUGAAUUCAGGUGGUGAAAAAAAUUGUUUGUGAGACUUUUUCCCCCUGUUUUCUUUGUUGGUAUUUUGGCAGAGGAUUCAGCAGAACUAGGUUCUGGAGUCUGAAGUGGCCAUGAUUCACUCAGUGUGGGUGACAGAACAUAGGCUUAUCCACAGUUCCUAAGUAAAAACAGGUCACCACUUCAGAAGCAAGCUUUGAAGGAUCUGAUGUACUCCGGAGAAGGAAGCACAUGAGAAAUAGCAGGUGGUGAUGAAGUGCGGCAAGCUGGUGAUGUGAUGGAGAAAGUCUCGGGAAGCGGAGAUAAGCAUGCAAAGGCAGCCGUGUUCAGCAGCAGCAAAGUCCUGGCCGAAGAGGGAGAGAGUGCUCCCGGUAAAGCUGCCGCCGCCGUGACACCGGAUGCUGCAGCGAGCGGAGCCGGCACAGGUGACUCAGGUGACAGCAGUGUGACGUGUGUCUCAGAAUUCAUCAGUAGCGAUGGGAGCUAUGCAAGAACGAAGCCUGGUGAGUGCAGUGGGUGUGGGAAGCCAGUGCCCCACAUUAAGCGUGAGAAAAUGCAGCUGGAAGACGCAUCCUGUGGAUUUCAUCAAAAUGGAGAAGCCUACGCUAUAAGUGAAGAGAACAUUUAUCAGAAAAUUCGUGUUUUGGAGAAACCUUUUGAAUUCGUUGAAUGCCAAAACGCAUUCCAAAAGGAUACAGUGUUCGAUCAUCCCAUGGAAGAGAAGUCCUCCACCUGGAAUGCAUCGGAAUUAGCUUUUCUCCAAGUGUCCAGCCUCGGUGUGCGUCAGAGAGCGCACGUGGAAAUGAAGCCCUACGAAUGCCGUGAGUGUGGGAAAUCCUUCUGUAAGAAGUCCAAGUUUGUUAUCCACCAGAGGACGCACACAGGAGAGAAGCCCUAUAAAUGCAGCCAGUGUGGGAAGGCCUUCUGCCAGAAGGGCACCCUGACUGUGCACCAGCGGACCCACACGGGGGAGAAGCCCUACGCGUGCAGCGAGUGCGGGAAGAACUUCUACCAGAAGCUGCACCUCAUUCAGCACCUGCGCACGCACUCAGGGGAGAAGCCCUACGCGUGCAGCUACUGCGGGAAGGCCUUCUGCCAGAAGACCCACCUCACGCAGCACCAGAGGACACACUCGGGAGAGAGGCCCUAUGUCUGUCAUGACUGCGGGAAGACCUUCUCGCAGAAGUCGGCACUGAACGACCACCAGAAAAUUCACACAGGCGUCAAACUCUACAAGUGCAGCGAGUGUGGGAAAUGCUUCUGCCGCAAGUCCACCCUCACCACUCACCUGAGGACGCACACGGGGGAGAAGCCCUACGAGUGCAACGAAUGUGGCAAGUUCUUCUCUCGGCUGUCCUACCUCACCGUCCACUACAGAACCCACUCCGGGGAGAAGCCGUACGAGUGCAGCGAGUGCGGGAAGACCUUCUACCUGAACUCGGCCCUCAUGAGGCACCAGCGCGUGCACACCGGAGAGAAGCCCUACGAAUGUAACGAAUGUGGGAAGUUGUUCUCCCAGCUGUCGUACCUCACGAUCCACCACAGAACCCACUCAGGAGUGAAGCCGUACGAGUGCAGCGAGUGCGGGAAGACCUUCUACCAGAACUCGGCUCUCUGCAGACACCGGCGAAUACACAGAGGAGAGAAGCCCUACGAAUGUUACAUAUGUGGAAAGUUCUUCUCCCAGAUGUCGUACCUCACCAUCCAUCACCGGAUCCACUCGGGAGAGAAACCCUAUGAAUGCAGUGAGUGUGGGAAGACCUUCUGCCAGAACUCGGCCCUGAACAGACACCAGAGGACACACACAGGGGAGAAGGCCUACGAGUGCUGCGAGUGCGGAAAGUGCUUCUCCCAGAUGUCCUAUCUCACCAUCCAUCACCGGAUCCACUCGGGAGAAAAGCCCUUUGAGUGCAGUGAGUGUGGGAAAGCCUUCUCCCGGAUGUCCUACCUCACUGUGCAUUACAGGACUCAUUCAGGAGAAAAACCCUAUGAAUGUACUGAGUGUGGGAAAAAAUUCUACCACAAAUCAGCAUUCAACAGCCACCAGAGAAUCCACAGACGAGGGAGCGGGGACGUGAUUGACGUGGCAAGGCUCCUCUGAUGUGAGACAGCCUUUCAUCGGCCAGUCAACCCUCCACGUCUGUGGGUUCCACGCGCAGUAAUUUAGGCCACCAGAAACAUGACACAAAAGGACUUCCGUCUGUGCAUGCGCAGCUGUCUUCCUUGUCAGUAUUUCCUGAACAAAAGAGUGUACAAGCUAUUUACAUGGUAUUAGAUAUUGUAAAUAAUUGAGAGAUGAAUUAAAGUAUCUGACAAGAUGUAUUCAAGUUAUAUGCAACUAUUAACCAAGGGACUUGCGUGUCUGCAGGUUCUGCUCCCCACAGGGGCUCCUGGAAGCAGUCCCUGUGGGCGCCAAGUGAUGGCACAUGAGCAGGUGUGCGAAGCCACGGUGCACUAGUUAGAUCCAUCUAGAAACUUACAAGGUGGGAGCCACCUGACUCAUAAAAUACCAGACUGUCCAGGAGUAAAACAAAAAACUCGCCCAGUACUCAAAGCCUUGGAUUUGAACUGCUUUCCACACCAAGGAAUCCAUAACGGGAAGUCUCUGAAAUGUGGAAGACACUUUUGGAAAUUGUUCAUUGCUAAGAGACAGGUUUCAGAUACAGCAAAUGUUUCAUACAUACACAUAUAUGCUAAACAAACAAAAGAUACCCACCCUGAAUACAUGUACUCUUGAUGUAAUAAAAGUGGCAAAGUAAUCAGGCCAGCUAAUCAAGUCAGCAGCAUUAAAAUCCUAUCUAAACAGUCCUCAAAGAAUACUGAACUGAAUGUUUGUGGGGUAUUUUGUUUGCUUCAUAGUUCAUUACAUUGCAGAAGUUUUAUGUUCAGUUUGAACCACAUUUGAAAAAGCACUGUAUCCUUAUUAGAGUAACUUGUAACCCAUAUGGUAAGCUUAUCCAUUCUAACUCGCAACACCAUAUUAAUAUCUUAAUAUGCAGCCCACCGCAGUAAUACUAGAUAAAGUUUGCCUGCACUCGUUCCUGGCAUUUAUCAGUGCGGCUGAUCAUUGCUAGUGAAGUAUGGUACCCACAAAGAAGCCAGUGUUAUUUAAUGAUGUUUGCAACUGUGUAUGAGUCAGAAGAGUCAGGGCUCCGUGUGUGAGGUCGUUGAAGAUCCUGGGGUGGCCUUCAUCCUUGACACCCUGUCUGGCUGCUCCCUGCUGGGCUUGACCUCACUGCUUACACAGAGCACACGGGCCGCGUGACAGCUCUAUUUUAAACAUGCUGGUGUUUGUAAACUCUGUUGCUUCCCAUCACCAAGUGGAUGGAGAACAUGAUACUGCGGCUUUGUUGCAGCAUGUGGAGUGGCUCCCUCGUGCCUCCUUCGCUGGCCAGGUUUGUUACCCAUCUUUCCUCACAACCUGCUAGCUUCCUGGAGCACUGAGAAGCAUGUCUAAUUGUCAGCACUUGGCUUAGACAGGUCCCAGAACCCAACUCUAGACAAGCAAGCACAGACAGUGUCCACAGCAGUUCUGGAAAGUCUCAGGUUCAGAAGUGGAAUGAGGUCUUGCAUGAACAGACUCAUCUAGAAGAGUUACCUGCUGAUGUCUUCCAGCAGUGGACUGAGCAGGAAGACUUGAAGAACCUGGGACUUGAAUGAUGGCAUCCAGCCACCACGCUGCCAGGCUGUCCAGGCCACCUCUACCCGACUUCUGUGAAACACCAAACUUAGUUUUUUCACCCAAUUGAUUUAGAAAUGUUCUAUUAGUAGUAACUGAAAACAUUCUGAUGGUUACACUUUUGUAGGACUUACGCAGUUUUGAAGUAGAUUUUAGAUAAUUCAAUAUUUUGAGGGGUCAAAACAUUUAUUUUAUGUAAACUGAGCGUUAGAAAUCAAUUUAAACAAUUAAAUGUGUGUACUUCCUCUGUCAUGUCACUGGCCUGUGAAACAAUCUUUGACCCCAACAAAGGGUACCUCCCUUUUUCUAAUAAUGCAGUAAAUUUUGCAGUAAUUUGUAUUAUUCCUGGACCACUGCUGCAGUACUAGUUGUCAGCACAGCAUGUGAGGCAAGGACCUAAUUACAUUUACUUCUGAAUGAUUAGCUAAGGUCUGUCCCAUUUGAGUACCUUCCCUCUUAACUGAAAUUCCUUCUAUUUAAGCCACACGUGGCGCCUCUCUGUUGCUCAGUGUUACAGUGUGCUGGGACUCUGGUAGACCAGAAAUCCAGGCCACAUUUGUUACAGUGGUGUCCACAGAGGUUUCCAGUGCUGGUGUGCUAGCUUCAUUACACAAUGUAUGGUAAUACUGGGGCCACCUGAAACCAAAGACUUACACUCUCUUCCCUGUAGCGCCCGGCUGUGCUGGCCAAUCAGGUCCUCCCGACGAGACUGUAUAAGCCACGUGUGUGCUGCCACACUAACUGGCAGCUUUGUAGAAUGCCUUUGGGUAGAAAAGAAUGAGACUCAAAAGGAAAUAAACUUUUUCAAUUC